UCUCUUUGUUAGUUGGAACAUAGUCGUCAUGCCUUAGUAGACCGGAGACACCCAAUUUACCUGUCAAGUUCGGGGUUGACGUAGGUACGCGGGUAGAUCAAUUAGUUCCCUUGCUCAUGACCGGCUUCGAUCUUAUGCAACUCAUCUAAUAUUAUUAAGUUUCACAUAUCCCUUGUGUGGAAAAUCCUAAGCCUAAGGCAGGUCCAUAACUGGUCCUUACAUACUUCCUAGUAGACAGAUAGGUAUGACCUCAACAUACGUCAUCGCACCCGAUCCUCCCCACAUAUUUCGGUGAUACCAACUGAAGCCUCUUAUACAUAUACAUAUACCUAGCUCUUUCAUAUGUCAAAAACUAUAUGCCAAAGUCUUUUUUUAAAUUCUACAAAUUUGCAAAAACUUCAGACCACGAGACGCUAUCAAGAUGACUGAUUCACGAGGAGGUCACUCGUCUGAGCUCGAGCAGACACCACUAGACUCGCACCAGAACGGCCAGGCUCAGAACAUCAUUGACGAGACAUCUUCGACCUUCGGCAACACCACCCAAUCGGACCUCGACGCCAACAUGGAAGUCCACGACGAAGCACUAAAAGACAAAGUCGACGGCGCGGUGAGAAGCGGACCGAAGAAGGCCGACGAGAAUUCGGGCGGCAGAGUACAAGUCGGCGAGACAGGCGAUCUACACGAUCUUGCUGCGAAGAGACAGCCUUAAAAAAAGGGGGUGAACAACUAAGGGGUUUGAAGAAAUAAGAUAUCAUAAAUGGUUUUGGCUGAGGUUCGAGGUUACUAUUAGGACAACAGGGCGUUAUGUGUAAUUUAGGUGGCCAAUUGGACAGGGAAAAUAGGGGUCAUAACUGAAUGAGAAUCUCAUGCAUAAUCAUA